AUGAACACCUCAUCUGCCAACGUCACGGUGGUUCUACAGUAUCGAGAUCCCAUCUCUAAAGCUGUGGCCAAGAAUUUGAUUGUUGUGGUGAUCGGGAUCUCCAUCAACUACAUCAAUGCCGGCCUCAUUCACACCUUCUGCAAACACCAGAUCUUCUACACAAAUCCUCGGUACGUCCUCUUCAUUCACCUGGUGGUCAACGACAUGGUCCAAGUGACUCUUUCCCUUUGCAUGUUCAUCAUCAGCUACACUAUCUACAAAAUAAACGCCUCUGUCUGCUGCACCUUCAUCCUGAUCGCUCUCAUCAUGACUGAAAACACGCCUCUGAAUCUGGCUUGCAUGGCGAUUGAAUGUUACAUCGCCAUUUGUUUUCCUCUACGCCACGCACAGAUCUGUACCAUUAAGAGAACGCUGAUCCUGAUUGGUCUGAUCUGGACGACCACCAUGUUGUCUUGUCUCCCUGAUCUCUUCAUCACUUUGGCCACAGUGCCACUGGACUUCUUUCAUUCAAAGAUCUUCUGCCUCAGAAAAACUGCCUUCCCAAAUCCCAUCAUCUUGGAGAAGAGAGAUAUCACAUAUAUAGUGUUGCUUGUUACAGUUUGGACUACUGUCUUUUACGCUUACUUCCAAAUUCUCUCCACUGCACAAACAGCAAGCGAAGAUGCUAAAAGAGCCAAAAACACAGUCUUGCUCCAUGGGUUUCAGCUGCUUCUCUGCAUGUUGGCAUAUGUAGCCCCGCAGCUUCGAGAUGUUCUGAUGCAAUGGUUUCCUCAGAACUCUACAGACAUCCUCUUUGCUUAUUAUAUUGUUAUUCAGGUCCUGCCACGAUCGAUCAGUCCGAUCAUCUACGGUAUACGAGACAAGACUUUCAGGGGGUACCUGAAAAAGCACCUGUGUUGGACGGUUAGCAAUAAGUAG